ACUGGACCAAACUCGGGACGCAACAGCAGCUCUGGCAGAAGCACCUUGGUGAAGCAGAGACUGACUAUGUUCCCUGACCUGGACAAUGACACACCACGGUACAUGCUCAGGAGAGUCAUCCGGACCCAACCACAAGUUUCACCUCUGGCGCUUCAGAUAUCUCACCAUGAGCACACAAAAGAAGCUCAACCAGAGCUCCCAGCUAAGAGGGUUUCCAGCAUGGGGGAACUGCAGCUGUCAGACGUUGCUCCUGAGAACACAUCUGUCGCCGUGUUCCGUAUGAAUAAGAAGAGAAAGAAACUCAGCAUGUCUGAGUUUGAGAGAGCGGCAGAUGAAAGACUUCCCCAGAACCAAGCUCGGUCAACGCUGGACAGCACUGCUUUGACUCGUUCUCUUCGGCUGUCUGUUGGUUCCUUAUUGGCCUCAGACACUGUGGAAAAGAAAGGUUUGCGGAGGCUAAAGCAGCACAAAACCAUUAACAUGGAGGCUUUUGAGGAAGGAGUGGAACAGAACAUGCUGAGGAGCAAAGCACAGAACUACCUUGUGGGCUCAGAAACAUCUGAGAUUCUGACAAGUGACGCCGAAAUCGUGCUGAACAGCACAGAGCUCUUUGUUCAGCCUCAAUUGGAUGAGCAGAGCCAAAGCAAGCUUUCUGCUCUUGAACCCCAGCUGUCAGGUUCGGAAACUUCACCACAGAGGAGCAAGAUAUCUGAUGCAGCUCAAGAGGAAGCAAGGCCAGGGGGCCAGAUGUCCCGUGUGGGCACAAAUGAGGGAAGGACCCAAAGAUACUCUGAGAGCUUAAACCUUGAGCCCGAGCAUGUUGACAGGAUAACUCCUGUAUCUCCAAAAACACCUACAAACCAGCAAGAAGACAAGCAAGAUCAUUCCCAGAAGAGUGCCCCAAUGGAAGAGCUUUCUUUUUCUGAAGAGGUGGUGGUUGGCAAACGUGAGAUUGCCAAAGAUGUUGGAGCUGGAAGUCUGGACAGGCAUUCUCAUGCUGCUUCCUCAUCUGAAAAAUCUGGGAUGAAUCCAGUAAAGAAAGAUGAUGAACAAGGAGAUGAACUGGAGGAUCAGGCUGUCAUGCUGGAAUUGGAUGGACUGGAGGAAGAGCCUGAUGAGGAUGAGGAUGAAGAUGAACACCCUGACAGUCAAGAGGUUUCCAUGAAGACUCCUACAUUUGUCCGUGCUGCAGUCUACAGGCCACAGCUGUCAACUCCACCUGCUGCAAAACCUGAAACUCCCAAUUUUUUCAAUUUCCUUCACAGGUCUCCCCUGCCACUGCUGAAGGCUAAGCCAGUUCCGAAAAAGUCAGGAGUGACCCAGAGGAAACCACGUGAGCCUCACAUAGCAAAGAGUUUGAUAAAGUCGAUAUUUAGCCAUUAUGCAAAGGUGUCAGUGACCAGGGAAGCACUCAAAAUUGUUGAAAAAUGCUGUGAGAGAUACUUCAAGCAGCUGAGCGAUGAUCUGGAAGCUUAUGCGAACCAUGCAGGGAGGAAGACAGUGGAGAUGGCUGACCUGGAAGUCCUGAUGAGAAGGCAAGGGCUGGUGACAGACAAGAUGCCAUUGAAUGUGCUGAUAGAGGAUUACUUCCCUCUGGAGUACCGGAAGCUCCUGAUUCCAAUUGCUGUGGGUGGAAAGAAAGUGAUCCCCAGCAAGUGA